GGGGACCUGAUUCCAGUCUUUUCUAUCUCAGCUCUUCUCCCAUUUCGGGGUUUUGAGAGAUGAUCACGGAGCUGGUGUGCACCGCCGUGGCUGUGGGUCUCUAUCUGAACACUCUGGACGCAGAGUUCUGCUACGAUGACAGUCGAGCCAUCAAGACCAACCAGGACCUCCUUCCCGAGACUCCGUGGACCAACAUCCUUUAUGACGACUUCUGGGGCACCCUGCUCACCCACAGCGGCAGCCACAAGUCCUUUCGCCCGCUCUGCACCCUCUCCUUCCGCCUCAACUACGCCCUGCAUGGCCUGCGUCCCUGGGGCUACCACCUCCUGAACAUCGUCCUGCACGCCCUCGUCACCCUCCUCUUCACGGCCUUCAGUCGCCCUCUACUGGGCGGAGGACUUUGGAGCCUUUUUGCCGGGCUCCUCUUCGCGUCCCACCCGGUUCACACUGAAGCGGUCGCCGGCGUGGUCGGAAGGGCAGACGUCGGCGCAGCUUUGUUUUUCUUGCUGUCUCUCCUCUGCUACAUGAGACAUUGCGGACUCCGUGGGGAUUCACGUGGGCCCUUUCAGAGCCAAAAAUGCGGCGGCUGCUCGGCCACCCUCUGCUGGGGCUGGAUGCUGAGCAGCCUUUGGUGUGCAGCUGCCAGCAUGCUGUGGAAGGAGCAGGGGGUGACGGUGCUGGCUGUGUCGGCCGUGUACGACCUCUUCGUGUUCCAGAGGCUGCGGUUUCGCCAGGUGCUUCUCCUGCUCCUUGGAAAGAAAAAGAACAUCAGUGUUCUGCUGAGUCUCGGUGUUCUUGUUUCCUGGGGAGUGCUUCUGCUCUCAGCUCGCCUCUACUGGAUGGGAAACAAGCCCCCCAACUUCUCCAACUCUGACAACCCUGCGGCUGACUCGCCCCAUUUUCUCACUCGGACUCUAACGUUCCUUCACCUACCAGCCGCCAACGCCUGGCUCCUGCUCUGCCCGGACAAGCUCAGCUUCGACUGGUCCAUGGACGCUGUGCCCUUGGUGAGGUCUCUGGCCGACUGGAGGAACCUUCACACUGUUGCCUUUUACGGUGGAUUUAUCCUCCUGGCUCUGAUUGGCCUUCGUAGCUCCAAUUCCAAAGCCAAGGAGACCAACGGGAAGGCCUAUGUCGCAAAUGGGAAAUCAAUCACCAAUGGGAAUGGUUAUCAUGCCCCUGACACAAACCAUAACACAGACCAGGGGCCGCCAAAGACCACCAUUAACGGGUCAGCUGGACUCCACCACUACCCUCCAAACACAUCCCUCCCCCCGACAGAAAACCUUAUACUAUUUUCUUUAGCUAUCAUGUUCUUGCCUUUCAUCCCCGCCACAAACCUGUUCUUCUAUGUAGGAUUUGUAAUAGCAGAGAGGGUACUCUACAUUCCCAGUAUAGGCUUCUGUUUACUGGUUGCUACUGGUGCAAGAGCCCUGUACAUCCGACUAAGGACUAGAGGCUCUAAGGUCUUACUGUUGUGUUUCUGUGCGGGACUGGUGCUCCUUAACGGACUCCGAACUGUUCAAAGAAACAGAGACUGGAGCAAUGAGGAGAAUCUCUACAAGUCUGGGAUUAGUGUGAAUCCCGCUAAAGCCUGGGGAAACUUGGGGAAUGUGCUGAAGAACCAAGGGAAGAUGGCGGAGGCGGAGACGGCGUACAGAAACGCUCUGCACCACCGAGGGAACAUGGCUGACAUGCUGUAUAACCUUGGCUUGCUGCUGCAGGAGAAUGAACGUUUCUCCGAAGCGCUGCAUUAUUACAAACUGGCAAUCGGGAGUCGGCCAACACUGGCAUCGGCUUACUUGAACACAGGAAUAAUCCUGAUGAACCAGGGCAGCCUGGACGAGGCCAAGCGCACUUUUCUCACUUGUGCCGACAUUCCUGAUGAGAAUCUGAAGGACCCGCACGCCCACAAGAGCUCCGUCACCAGCUGCCUGUACAACCUGGGGAAACUGCUCCACGAGCAGGGACAGCAGGAGGAGGCACUGUCUAUUUAUAAGGAAGCGGUGCAGAAAAUGCCCAAACAGUUUGCACCACACAGCCUUUUCAACAUGAUGGGAGAGGCUUACAUGAGGCUGAACAGGCUGGAGGAGGCCGCUCACUGGUACAGAGAGUCCCUCAGGGCCAAACCCGACCACAUCCCUGCACACCUUACCUACGGAAAACUCCUGUCCAUCAUCGGGCAGAAGACGGAAGCAGAGAAGUUUUAUCUGAGAGCAAUUCAGCUAGACCCGACAAAAGGAAACUGCUACAUGCACUACGGUCAGUUCCUGCUGGAGCAGUCUCGUCUGGGCGAGGCCGCAGAGAUGGCAGAGCGAGCGGCCGAGCUGGACCGCUCAGAGUUCGAUGUGGUCUUCAGCGCGGCUCACAUGCUCAGGCAGGCCAAUCUAAACGAGGCAGCAGAGCGUCAGUAUGUGCGUGCGGCCAGCCUCAGGCCAGACUACCCUGCAGCUCUGAUGAACCUCGGCGCUAUCCUCCACCUGAACGGGAAACUUCCGGAAGCAGAGGCAAACUACCUGCGUGCUCUCCAGCUCAAACCUGAUGAUGUCAUCACCCAGUCCAACCUGCGCAAGCUGUGGAACAUCAUGGAGAGGCAGGGACUCCGGAUCAGACAGGGGGUACAGAACAACAACCCUUAAGAAUGAAAGACAUCAUGAGAGACUCUUCUAUUCGAAAAUGACCCACCGUCCUCAACAGAAGAAAAAAAAAAAAAGCAGGACUGGAUGUGAAAGAGCUGGAAGAUUAAAGCUCGCUCCACGAGACCAGAAAGACAAAUGCUAAAAACGUUUUGGCUUGUGUUGCUUGUGGAAGAUAGUUUGAAGCUUGGCAUGUUUGGGGUUCAAGGGUGCAAGAGUUGUGCCACAUAACAUGUCACCACAAGUGAUGUACGGUGACUUGAAAGACUGAGACUAAUGCCAGCUGCAUUUUGGGGGUUUAUGAAGUUAGACUAGUUGUGAAAUGAUGCACUGAAAUCAAUGGAAAAUAACUGCAGCGUCCAAAAGAACAAAAAACCUUAAAGGAAAAAAAGGCUCCAACAAAUCAGAUAUUUAUUAGUUUCUCUAAAUUAAAACUGAGGUAUGUUUUGAAGCACUUAAUUUAAAUUUGGAUGUAGCAAAAGAUUUAGAAUAAUCAGUACUAAAGGAUGAAUGACGUAUUUUCUUUCAUGAUUUCAGCUGUUUUAAAGGAACUCCACCAAUUUUUUACAUCAAUGUCUGUUGACAGGUUUUUGAGAGGGUACUAUGCAUAUGCAUACGUGGGGAAAAAAAAGAUUUACAGACUUUUAAAGUCUCUCUGGUUGAAUCCUAUUUUAGCUUGGAGUUCAAAAAAUUAUGUUUGAAAAAAAUUGUGGAUUUUAGAGGAAUAAAAACGUUGCUUUCGAGUCCUAAGUAGCCCCUUGAGUUCAGUCAAAACACAGCAGAUGUCCUGACAGUGCGAAGCAGCAUAGCAGCAUAUAGAAAUAAAUAUAAAGUCUCUGGUUCUGCAGCAUUGGUUUGCACCUUUUUUCAAUGAUGUAAAAGGAUAGCUAUGCUAAAAUAAGUACACUACUCCUGAAAAAAAAAACUGAAAUUCAAACCUUGAUUAAGUAGCAUCAGGAUGUUCUCACCUUUCAUCUUUUUCUCUUCACACAAUAAAGGCAUCAGAUAAAAAGCAUGCCAGCCUUUAGACAUCUCCAGGUACUGCCUUUUAAUAAAAUGCUGUACAGAAAACAGGUUAACGCAUAUAAAUACUGCAUUCCCAUUCUGUUGUUUAAGUCACUGAUGAAUGUUUGCACCUGGUGCAUUUUGAAUACUUGUGACUGUAAAAAUGAUCACAGAUCCUGAGAGAAAAACUCGUCUGCGGUGCCAAAGCUUGAACUGAGUCUUUACGCCUCUCGUGCCAAGCAAGAACUGUUCUCACUUAUGUGUUGUGUUCCUUGUGUCAGAUGAAGAUGUUUCACUUCAUGUGGUCAAACUUAAUUUAUUAAUACAUGUUAUUUUAUGUGGAACAGCCAAACACUGUGCUGCCACUGUCACAGUAGCCCAUCCUUACUGAUGUUUUUUCACGUAGACAGGCUCCGGAAAGGAAACACGACAGUUACAUUUAAUGUUCGUUUGUUUUUUUAUCCGUAUUAUUUUCUCUCUGCUCAGGGACAUCUGAUUUUGAUUCCUGUCACAUAACGGGACUGUGACACAGAGAGCGCUUCUUAAUAUGAUGUUACAUGUUUGUUUUUUUUUGACGACUGUGAUGUUUGGUUAAAUUAUAGAAGACGUGUAGCUGAAAAUGUGCCGUGUUUUUGUAAAGGAAAGUGAACCUUUUUGAGUAAUAAAAAACAUGACUUUUGCUCUCAA